UAUUUUGCGUUUAGCUGCUGUGACAAAAUGUCAAAGUUCAUUUGGCGUAGAUACCUUCAGAUCACUUCCGGUUAGAGAUGGGAGGCACACGUGGGAAGAAAAAGAAGGCAGGAAAGACUCAAAACGGGAAAAAAUCAAACCAGAAAGAUGGUCCAGGACUCAGUAAAGCUGACAAGAGGCAAAGACUGGAGGAAAGGAGGGAGAAGAAGAAGACCCAGGCUGCUGCACAGAAAACAAAGUCCAAGUUCACAGUAGAUGAAUUACUGGACAAGGUGGAGGAAUGUAUGGACAGCUACAACUAUGAAGUUGCCCAGAAGUUCUGCCAGAGGGCGCUGGAGCUGGAGCCUGACAACCUGCGGGCGCUGGAGGUCUCCGGGUCCUUACUGCUGGAGCUGGGGGACGGAGACAAGGCCAAACAGUGUUUUGGGCGGGCUGUAGAACUUAGUCCUGAUGAGGGCUUCACCAAGUACAUGUGCCUGGGGCAGCUGAUGGAGGGGGAGGAGGCUGUGGCCUGCUAUAACAAGGGCAUCCAGGUCAUGAUGGCGGAGAGACACAAACAGCAGGAGCAGCUAGAGGGCGCAGCUGCAUGUGAUCCUGACUCUCCGACCGUGACAUCCCAGGACAUCUCCAGUGCCUACUGUUCUAUCGCAGAAAUCUACCUCACAGACUCAUGUUUUGAGGACACAGCAGAAGAAAAGUGCAAAGAGUCCUUGGAGAGAGCGAUAGAAGAAUGUCCCACCAACCCAGAGGCACAUCUUCUCAUGGCAAGCUUCCAGCUCAGUAAAGACAACAGGGAGGAGGCCAAACAGGCUAUAGAGAAGAGCCUGUCGCUAUGGUUACCAGAGAGAAGUGAUGCAGAAGAUGAGGAUGAGAUGGAGGAAAACAUGCCUGAGGAUCCUCCCCUGCCAUAUGAACAGAGAGUAGCAACUGCAAAGAUACUGAUAGAGCUGGAACUCAUGGAGUCUGCUGAGAAAGUCCUGGCUGGGCUCCUGCUGGAAGAUGACGAAAUUGUACAGGUGUGGUAUCUUCUGGGCUGGCUCCACUAUGUACAAGGGGAGGACCACAAGUCCAUGGCCAGGGACAACCUACAGCAUGCACUGAAGAUCUACCCAAUAGUUGGCUGUGAUGAUGAGGACAUGCUGCAGCACAUCAAAGAACUGUUGGAGGACCUCGGUCCAGGGGAGGAGGAGGAGGAG